AGAGGAGGGAGGGUAGGAGCCGAGCCAUCUGCAAACCCAGUGCCUGGAUUUGUGAUAUGCACACACAGGCACACACACACACAUUCAACUUAGUUUGAUAACCAAUCAGCACCGCCUCGCUUUCGUUUUGGAUUCAUUCUGAGCGCAUACGGUUCUCCGUGGGUGUUUUCCUUCUCCUGCGCUUUAAAUAUCUCUUUUUUUCCCCCCAUCAACACUAGUUCUUUCCUCUUGUCCGAAAGCUACGGGAUAUGUCGAGAGGCGGAGGCGUUUCUUCUUCCACCCGAAGCCUCCCCAAGUUGGGACCCCGCUGACGCGCUAUGACAUGAAGCAGGAACACACCUGUGGACACCACUGAAGUUGCCAAGAGGACGACUUCACUCCAUUUUUCUGCUGAGCUGAUCCCCUUGCCUGAGGUGACACAGCGGGCUGGCCUGCUGUCAGACUUUUCUCCUGCCACCUGUAAAACGCAGCCGCCACCAUGCAGACCUCAUCGCUCCGCCGGCAGAUGAAAAACAUGGUCAACAACUACACGGAGGCCGAGAUCAAGGUCCGGGAGGCCACCUCCAACGACCACUGGGGGCCACCCAGCUCGCUCAUGUCCGAAAUUGCAGAUCUGACCUUCAACGUGGUGGCUUUCACCGAGGUCAUGGGCAUGAUCUGGAAGCGGCUCAACGACCACGGCAAGAACUGGCGCCACGUUUACAAGGCGCUGACCCUGCUGGACUACCUGAUCAAAACGGGCUCGGAGCGCGUGGCCCGGGAGUGCCGUGAGAACAUAUACACCAUCCAGACGCUGAGGGACUUCCAGUACAUAGACCGGGACGGACGCGACCAGGGCAUCAACGUACGAGAGAAGGCCAAGCAGCUGGUGGCUCUGCUCAGGGAUGAGGAGAAGCUGAAGAGGGAGAGGAGCCAGGCGCUGAAGACCAAGACGCGCAUGGCAGGGGUCACCAGCAGCUUAGGCUCCGGAUCCUUGCCGCCCCCGUACCCGGGACACCGCAGUAGUUUGGCAGGGGUCCAUGGGGAUGAAUUCGGAAGGUGCAGGAGCUCGCCGUCCUCCUUUCACUCCUCCUCUUCCUCUCCUCAACUUGCUCCAGACUUGGAGCAAGCUCGGCCCACGACCAGCGGAGAGGAGGAACUGCAGCUGCAGCUGGCCAUUGCUAUGAGUAAAGAAGAAAGUGAAAAGCCACCUCCCCAUGUGGACAUUGAUGAACAGACCCAGCUCCAGAUCGCUAUGAGCCUCAGCAAGGAGGAGGCGCAGAAGCCGGCUCCACGUGCUCCUGCCACACUGGAUAUGGAUGAGGAUGCCCAGCUCCAGUUAGCCCUGAGCCUGAGCAAAGAGGAGCACCAGCAGGAACAACUCAGUCGCCAAGGAGACGAGUCGAUGCUCCAGAAAGCUUUGGAAGAGAGCAAACGGCAGAUGGAGUCUAAAGGCGGGACCGCCUUCAUGGACCUGGUGGAUGUUUUUGCAGUGCCCACAGACCUGCCUCCUCCUGGUGACCAGCGCUGGAAUGAUGCCGCGCAGCAGGCAGCAGCUCGAGUGGGGGGUACAGACCCCUGGGACUCUCUGGAAAGCAGCACUAGCACCUCAAGAGUAGAUUCUCCGUGGAUGGUGCCACCAACCUCCAACAGCCCUCCCCCACCAUGGGAGCCCCCAGCCGAACCCUGGGAUGCCCCGCCGAGCAGUGUCUCCAACCUCAACGCUGCAGGCCGUGUAUGGGCUUUCCCUACAAACACAGCCUCUGCAGGAGUUGAUCCAUUCUCAGCCCCAUCAGAAAAAACAGCACCCGAGGGAGCUGUCAGGGAAGCUUUUCCCAGAGCUGGAAGCCCCUCAGAUGGGGAUCUGUUCGAUGAGGCCAUGGAUGGAGGUAAGGUGGACAUCAACGGCAGAGGGGAGGGCAGCCCCGAGCUCUUUGACCUGACGUGUCUCGGAGAAAGCCUGGCUGCCCCCAGCCCUCGUAAAUGCCGGACACCUGAGGCCUUCCUGGAUCCCACAGCGGCCUCCUUGGUAAACCUGGACAGCUUGAUCCCAGUGAAUCCCCAGAACAAGAACAAGAACCCUUUUUUAUCAGGCCUUAGCGCUCCUUCAGUCACCAAUCCAUUCCAAGCCGAGCAGCCCAAACUAACUCUGAAUCAAAUGGGCUCCAGCUCCACCACCGUGGCUCCUCACGUGGCCUCUCUUCCGUACAGUGCCUCCUUGCCUCUUCCCAUGAGUCACCAGCCUGCCAACCUCCCUUCGUCACUCACUCACCCUACCCAGCCAGGCCUGGACCUGCCAGGGAACCUCCCUGAGCCCUUGUUGCCCUUCUCUUCAGCCAGCAGCGCUCAGGGAUCACAGGCCGCACAGAGCAGUCAGAACCCCUUCUUAUGAGGACCAAUGAAAACUGGAGAGAAAAUAUCUGAAAAAAGGGGAAUGUCAUUAGGUUAUGCUCUUGAAAUAUCACUCUAACCGCAGACCAAACUGCAGCCCCAAGGACAUGUAUGAAAACCCUAUUCUUAGUUGUUUUUAUAUUGUGGUAUAAUACAGUAACUCUUAGAUUGAUGCAAGCUGGUUCUGCUCUUCACUAUAACAGCCUGUCCUGCUACUCCUGUUACAAAUGCUGUAACAGGGUAUAAAAGAGAUAACACCUUUGUUUCAGAAAAUAUCAGUGUCAUGUAAAACUUCUUUAAGGCCAUAAUCUAUUGCUCAUUGAACUCCGAUACAAACCUACACAAAAGCACACUUUGAUAAUAUUUUGUUGUCUCUGCACAGCCUUAAUAACCAGGCAAUUGUGUUACAGCUUUUCAAUUAGUCAACAAGUCUGCUCACUCAACUGUUUGUAUGAUCGGCUUAGCUGGCCUCUGCUGCUGUCAUAUACUCUGUCUCCUGGAAAAACUGAUUUCUAAUAACUGGCAACAAUUUCUAAAAAAUGUGUCCAGUUCUUAAAAUGUGACUGCAUCCAGCAUCAACUUUGUGGCGCCUCUGUUAGACCAGACCUGAUGAGAAACAUCAGCAUACAAUUUUACCAUGGUGAAUUAAAUUGCUGGGGUUAAGUGAAUGGAAUUAUAGUUUAAGGACUGUACGUGCUUCAGAAAUCACCAUAAGCAAGGCAACUUUAGAAAAUGUAAGAAUCAUGAGUUUUAUUCAUUGCUUGUGAACCACUGACUCUCAUCAAAUAUAAGGGUAUUAUUAUAACACUG